UCAUCUAGUGUUGAGAGAUACGGAUGGCGUUAUAGCAAAAAUGUUACUGAAAAUAAGUUGCGCAAUAAUAUUACUGAACAUAUUGGUGGCUCAAUGUGAAAACCUUGAUGAGGAAAACCCAUGCAAAUUGCAAAAUAUAACAACAAAAUAUGCUGUCGAAGUAUCGAAAAACAGGAUGUUGCUGCAAUCACAACUUGAAGAAAUGCGGGCCGAACAGACUAAUCUCUUUGCAGAACUUAAUUCAAAAUUGGACCAAUUAAUGGUGAACAGUUUGCGAGCAGAUCAGUAUCCUAGCAGCUGCGUGGAGGUGGGAACGCUGAGUCGUCUUAGCGGCGUCUAUCAGAUCUUCUUACCUGGUCACAGUUUGCAACCGUUUUUGGUUAGCUGUGAUGGCGAUACUCAGGGCGGAGGCUGGACAGUUAUUCUGCGUCGUAUGGAUGGAAGCGUUAAUUUCUUUCGCUAUUGGAACGACUAUAAAGAGGGCUUUGGGAAUGUGAAUGGCGAGUUUUUCAUUGGCCUGGACAAGUUAUAUGCGAUGACCAAGGAUCUGAACCAGGAGCUGAUAAUAGUCAUGAAGAACAUGGCGGGUCAAACGAAAUAUGCGAAAUAUUAUCGAUUUGCGAUCGGCGGUGAAGCGGAUUUGUAUAAUCUGCGCACAUUGAAGGGAUACUCUGGAAAUGCUGGAGAUUCUUUAAUCUCGCAUGUAGGGAGCAACUUCUCCUCAAUGGAUCGCGAUAAUGAUAAAUCCGAAAACAACUGUGCUGAAUUGUAUAAAGGUGGCUGGUGGUACAAUAAAUGUCACACAAGUAACCUAAUGGGUCACUAUAAUGAGUCUACCUUUGGACAAGGCAUUAACUGGCUUCUAUUUACGGGUCAUAAAGCGUCGCUCAAAGAGGUACAAAUGAUGAUAAGACAUACUGUAUAAAUCGAAAACCGUGGAAAGAAAUGUGUAUAGAUAAUAGACAGCUUAAAAAUUGUUUCAAUGUAGGUUCCGAUCUGUUUAAAAUAUAUACACGAGGUAAUUAUAAGCAG